GUCAAAUCUGUCAAAGUCGUCAACUGAGCGAGCGAGCACGUAAAUUUGGAUUUGUGUUGAUGUUGAUUAAAAAUAUUCGCCAAAAAUAUAUAAUUUCAUAAGGGGUAUCGUAUAUAAAUUAGAGCAUAAUAUGUACUAAAUCCCUACUAAAAAGUUAUUUCGUAAUUUGCAACAAUGGACGUGGACUUACUCAGGCCGGGCACUGUGCCCAUAUCUCCUGACACUAUUUUGUGGUUUGAAUUCCUUCUUGACCCAAACCUUUUGAAGAAGCACCUUAGCAAGCCGAAUCCAGAACCAUCAGCGUUUGAUUUGAUUGAAGAAUUCUUGUCAGUUGACACAAAGAAUCCCAAUUCAAAACCAACAAGUGAGCGAGUGGUGGAACUCGAUACACCUCCAAGUCCUGAUGCAUUAACAAUUGCAACGCCAGUAGAAUAUUCCAGAAAACAACUUGCUCUUAAGAUACUGGCACUAAAAAUAGCAUCUACCCUUCGCUGGAACUUAGAUAUACUUGAAACAAAGCUGCCACCCCAAAUUCAACAGCAACUCAUGCAAGAUCUGGUCUACAUGGCCACUGAUGGUUCCUUUUCUGUACCACCAACGGAAAUAAGUCAAAACCUCCUUCAGCAACCUCAAGUCCAAUUUGCACUUACUUUAUACCACAGAUGGGUGCUAAGAUUUCCAGUCAAAUCUGCUCUGCAUGCUAAGUCAAAUAAGAUGGCUUUCAUGCAUAUGCCUGGGAUUCAAGCUGACAGUGCAUUUACUCCCCUAAAUCAAAACUUUGAAAAAAUUCUGAGGAUGUCUGAAGUUUCCAGAAUGCAAAGUAUCAGAUACUUGGAAGACAUGCUAGCAUUUUAUGAAAUACCACCAAAUGCAGCUCGGAGAGAAUCAAGGAAAAUCAAAAUACCAGACAUGGAAACUUUUGUUACUCUUACCGAAGAUGAAGAUGACAUGACUCAUGAUUGGAAUGCAGGGGACAUCAUCAUAAGCCAAUAUGAAUUUGCCAUGCAAAUACACUAUGACUUGUGCUAUAACUACUUCUUUUAUGGACAGCAUGAUAUGGCAAGAAAACAUAGUCUUGGCUGCAAGGAAAAUUCAGCACUGCUGGAAAGAGAAGUUUCACUCUAUGGCUACGGCCCACACAAGACUGUGCCUUGGGGAGAAUUAUAUUAUGCAAGCAUGACUAAAGAAGAAAUACUCGGUUACAUAAGAGCUCUAAACCUUGGGCAUGAUGUGCUAAAUGAAGAACCUUCCCUAUUGCAAAAGCUUCAAGAAUCGGUUGCAAACCACUACACUGGAAUUAUUGCAGUCUUACAGGCAGACAAUCUUGCCAGAGAGAUACCAAUGGUACACAGGCAAGUUGUUGAACUGGAUAUUCAAGGAUCUGCAUCAAGUGGGGCCUUUACUGUGGCCAGGGACUUACUAAAUAGAGUAUCGGCGUUAAAUGCGGUCCGAUAUGCGUUAGAAGGCGGAAUCCCUUCCACUCAUCCAGAUUUUAUCAAUAAGUUUAAAAUAGUUGGUAUAAAAUUCUUUGAUCUUCUAUUCUGGGCAUUUGCUCCAGUGUUAAUGUCUAAUCUUUCUGAAGGGGACUGGAAAAACCUCAGGAUAUUUUUCCUCCAUUUGGCGACGUCACAAUGUAGAAUUCCAAUAGAAAGAAUAGAUGAGUAUCUAAAGAAACAUGUCGGCGAAGCGGCCGACAGCAUUAGAAGAAAACUGAUAUCAGAUGAACAUUUGCGCACAAUUUUAAAUGAUGCACUGAAUAAUGAUGAUGAGAACAUGGAAAUUCCUCAGGAAUUGUUGACUGAUGACUGGGAGACUCCAGAUUUUGAGUGCAAGUCAGUGCCGGAAUUGGAGAUGGGUAGACUGAAGAAGCGGCUGAUCGAAGCGUCGACAGCGGACGAUGUGCGAAUGUGUUUGGUUAAGUUAGCUAUGAUGUCGCCGGCGUCGCCUCUCUGGAAGUUGAGUCCGUCGUGGAAACCUGCGGGUGGGUUAGGGAAUGCUUUAGUGUCUUUACCUAGAGGAUUCUUACAAGAUUUCGGAUACGUAGUGUCUGGGGCCGCAAGAGCGCGUGCCGACGCUGGUUGCGCGCGAACCGCGCUAUCCCUCCUCUCAGUAUUAGAAGGCGAGGCCCGAAGCCAGCUCGGAGGUGGAAGCGAUCCUAACCUGUACCGCCUUUGCCGGCAACUAUCUUGGGAAGUUCUGCUGCUGCAAGUGAAUGUGAUGCUGAGCGAGUGGCCUCAUCAUCGAUUGAAUCUGUCUGCGUUGGCCAACAAGUGCAAAGCUUGUAUUGCCGCUGCGAAUUCAAACGAUGGUAUCGUUCCGCGACCUCAGGUAAUAGAAGCAUGUUGGUGCUGCCUAGUGAAUUCAUGCGAGUGGGAGGGCGCGACGGCGGUGACCGGGCCCGGCGAACUUGCGGCGGCUUUAUGCGCCGCGUGCAUAGAGCUGCAGCGAGGCAAAGCUACUCGAAAAUUCCCUAGACUGUUGUGGGACUAUGCAUUAUCAGUAUACAGCAACGGCAACGCCGGCCCGGUGAAACGUAACGCAGGCGGCAUGCCGUCUCAUUCCCGCGACACCAACGUAACGGCCGAAGCGCGCAACGCUUUCAACGCUUUCCUCUCCACGCUUCGGGAACCAGUCGCGGUCAGCGUCAUGCUAUCCUUACUGGCCAAAAUACACAACCUACUCAUUGAUGACGUGGCUAACGAACUAGUGGUCGAAUACACUAACUUGUGGCCGACUACUAUCUCAAAUGUAAACAAUUACAACGACAAGUUUGUCCUGGAGUCUCUGACGGAUUUGCUCGAGAAAUGCUUAACGCUGUACCCGUACAAUACUUCGUGGCUCCGCCUAUACGGCGACGUGGAAAUGUGCGGGAGUAGAUGGAGCGCGGCGCUUCGCCGUUACCUCAGCAGCAUGUCAGUGGGCACCUGGCACUUUGCCAAGCGCGCGCCAGACGAGCCGGGGCUCGCGCGGCGGGUCAUCCGGUGUUGCCAGUCGCUGUCCGCCCCUACACAGGCCGCUGCGCUCUGCCAGUUGCCAGACGAACCGGAGUACGCGACGGCUUUCAAGUGCCUCGCGGAAAAGACGAACAACGUAGCGGAUGCAAUGGACGCGUACUACGGUUGUCUAUGGGACGGUACUCUCCUGGAAGUGGGCGUGGCCUUGCACGCGCGAAGGGGGGAGGGAGGGCGCCGCGCCCGCGCCACCAAAGCCGCCGGGGCCCUCGAACUAAACGCGAAUAACAGCGAAGACAUACAAAGAGAGGCCGCUGCUAUCAGGAGAGCGAGACUUCUUAGGGCACUCACGAAUCAGUAUGUUGCGUAAUAAGCGGAUCAACUUUUAAGCUCAUAGCAGACUUAUCAACUCAGAAAGGGUUCAACACCGCAUCGCCUUUCGCGCGCUGUCAAUUGUGAAACAAAGAAUACUGACCGCCACGAGUUGAUACGGUCACGAUCCCUUUCCGGGUUGAUAAAUGUGCGACGUCUUUAAAACAGGACACGGGUAAAAUCGAAUGGAUGAAUUUCAGAAUAAUGCUUUGUAUUUCAAAAAUGCUGAAUAAAAUGUCCAGACCCACUUAAUGGCAAGUCGUUCUAACUAAAGAUUCUCGUAAACAGCAAAAAUAACUAUGAUAAACUUAAAUCGCAAAAACAAGUUUGUGUACAUUAUGCGAGUACAUAUUUUACGUCUAUUCAAUGGUAAUUGUCAUCUUAAUUAUGUAUAAAAAUAACAUAAAACUGAUGCCUAUGGUGAUACAUACAU